AGACCUUGGGCUAGCGUAAGCAAUAUCAUCCAGGUGUUGGUUGGAGGACAGAGGUGGGGCCAGCGGGUAUAUAAGGCACAGCGGGUGUGGUCAGAAACACACAACUCGACUCUCCUCCAGCACAGACAAUCCUCGCCAGCAGUUAUGAAGUUCUUGAUUUUGGUCUCAGCAUUGUUGGCAGCGGCGAGCGCCCUCCCCACCUACUCCAACCCGGGGUGGGUGGUCCCUGCUGGUAGCAUCGGCCUCUCUGGUAUUGUGCGCAGAGAUGGCACCAUCGAAGGCUUCACAGGCGACUUCACCCGUGACAUUGUGGCCAUCGGACCCUCUGGGAUCGUGACCAAGUCUGGAGCUAAUGUGCAGCUCGACAGUAACCUCCACAGGGUGAGGCGAGCUUAUUAUGCUGGAUUUACUCGUCCUGAGGGCAGCGUUGGCUACUCGGGUAUUGUGCGAGCUGAUGGCACCGUCGACGCCUUCUCAGGGGACUUCUCCCAUGAUAUUGUCGCCAUCGGAGCAUCCGGUAUCGUGACUAAGUCUGGCAAGAACGUCCAGUUGACAUCGGGUCUGUACCGCGUCUAGUGACAUAUUACUGGACACUUCGACAUGCUCACCUCCUGGAUCUGAACGGACCCGCUGGAAUAGUCCUCUCCGACGGACACCUCCUCCAGAAGCCUUCAGAAUAUUAGACCCGAUCACAGCGCUCCAGAUGACCUUCCCUUCCCGUCUUGCAGUCGUUGAGGUGCUCCUCUCCAAGAAUCAUACUUUUCUGUGUAAAUGUUUCCUUUACUCUAUUUGAUCACAAUAUGUUCACAUUGUUCAUAAACACCUUAAUAUCUUCUUCACGCCAUCGCCAUAUAUUUGGUGUCUCUAUAAAACAUAUUUUCUUGUCUUAAGAAAGAAAAUACAGAAAAAUCAUGACAAUGUAGAUGAAAUAUUUUCUGGGAAAUAAACAGAUGAAAUGUAAA